CUAUUCUAUUCCCUGUUAAACCAAACGUCGUGAUAGUGAUUCUUCUGCUGUGAUCGUUGUGAUCGUGGUUGUUGAGUGUUGACAUCAGACUUGUUUAUUUAAUAUCUUGUCUGUGAUGUUCGUGUGGUACGAGUUGUGUGUUUGAUGUGAACUUAUCCUAACUGCAAUUUCAUUAUGCAAACCAGUUGAUAAACACAGUUCAGUGUUCAACCCUAGGACCGAUUUCAUCUAAGAAUUAUAUUUGAGUAAAAACCAAUCUGCAUUGAUCAUGAAGCGAUCGUCUUCUCCUGAUAAAUCUGAAAAUGGAGAUAAGAAAUCAAAAUCGUGCCACGAUGAAGAAGCUGGUUCAACAUCUCAAGCAAUAGCAAGUGUAAGUGAUGGUGGCGGAGGGGACAUUGAAGAUACUAAGGAACUGAGAAGCACUGGUACUCCUUCAUCUGUGGGAGAUUGUACUGUCACUGAUGAUAAAACUGUACCAACCCUCUCUGAAUCAACAUCUGAUGAUAAUGGCCAGGAAAAAGAAACUGUUGAAGAAGCUACAGGAGAAGCUAUGGAAGAAGUUAAGGAAGAAGAUACUACUGCUUCUACCACUGGAGAUGGAACAGAACAGAAAGGGAAGGAGAAGUGGGAGAGGUGGCAGCUUGUACCUACGACCACCAGACAGAGACUGAACUAUCUGCUCACCACAUCCAAGCUGAGUGACUGCACCAUUCUGGUUGGCAAACCUGACGCACAACAGGAGUUUAAACUUCACUCUGUGAUUCUGGCCAUGACAAGUCCAGAGUUAGAGGACCUGCUGUCGGACACCAGGGAGGUUGUGAUUCCUGAUGUCGAACCUGAUGUCUUCAAACAGAUACUGGAGUACAUAUAUUUGGACUAUGUAAACCUGUGGAGCGUGGAGAAGACACAAGCUCUUUACAGAGCCUCUGUAAAAUUCAAGUUACCGCACCUGUGUGAGAAGGCAGUGGAGUACAUGAUGGCCAAAAUGAAUCUGGAUAGUAUAUGGCCCAUCUUUGAUGCUGCCAUUGCCACUGACGACCAGAUACUCACUGAAGAGUGCACUAAGUUCUUCAAAAAGAACAUCAAUGAUCUGUUGAAACACCCGAAUUUCCCGAGCGUGGACCAUUCUGUGAUAACAAAGCUGGUGACAGAUGACAACCUGGGUGUUCCUGAGGCUGACCUGAUAGGCGGAGUGCUGAAGUGGGCUCACCAGAAAUGUGAAGAUUCGGAUCUGGUACCCAAUUUGGAGAACAAACGCAACAUUCUGCGUUCUGGCACCAUCAACAACCUCAGGUUCUUGGCUCUAUCUAAGGAAUAUUUCGCCAGCCAAGUGGCUUUCAGCACUAUGCGAGGGGAUGAGAGCAUUCUCACCUUGGAGGAAAGCUAUGCAAUAUUGAUGAACAUGGUGCAGCCCAACUCAUACCCGAUGCCUGAAGGUUUCAGCACAAUAACCAAGCAGAGGACUAUUGUGGAAUUGAAUAGGCUGAUAAGGAGAGUCUUCAACCCUCUCGGGAACUACCAAGUGGUCAACCCUCAGAGUCCGAGGUUGGACAAACUCACAGUUCUUCCUGGUCCAGCCCUUACUGCACCUUUUGGCUGUAAGAGUUUUUCGCUCGACCUCAUCGUCAACAAAAAUAUUACCCUUUUCGGUAUUCAAGUUCCUACUUUCUUCCCCGGGAUGAUCGUCUCAACACCAAAACUGUAUGAGGAAACUUACAUUGUUUCUAUACAAAACGCAUCUAAACCGAAUAAGCCCAUGAUAGGGUCCAUCAACUGGAGUGGGAAGGUGGCCUACAACUCUUUUGUCGACCUGCAAUUCAAAGAGAACAUCAGGUUGGAAAAGAACAGCACCUACACUAUCAUGGUAUAUACCAACAACAUGUACUACCUCAAUCAGAAGUUGUGCACUGUGGAAGAGUCAAAUGGUGUCAAGUUCACAUUGAAGGAUAGUGUCACACUAUUUGGCAAACCAGGGAAACAAGACUUUGCAUUCAUUUCUCAAAUCAUAUAUUCCCUUUAGUCGAUAUUUCCAUGUAGCCUUAGGAGUCUUUAAAGAAGUUUCCAUGUCAAAAUGAAACAAUUACAUGAACUGGCGCUGUUUGAUGCCUGAACAUUGUUUUAUAUGGAACAAUAAUAUUGACUUAGACUAGUAUAAUAAACAAUUAAAUUUUUCUACACCAAA